UGUAUAAUGUCUGGUGGACCAAAUGCCGAUUUCGAUAAGUACGAAAAACACACCUGCCCAUUUGAUGCCAACCAUCAAUUGGACGCAUACAAAUGGAGAAAUCACAUAGACAAGUGUCGUCUCCAACAUCCAAGUGUCCCAAUUGCAUUUUGCAAAUUCAACACCCGACACGUGAUUCGGUUGGACAGGCAGUCCAUGGAAGAUCACUACGAGGAGUGUCAAAGUAAGGGCAUAUUGGAGGCAGACCUGAGGCCACAUGUGCCCAAAAUCCACGGAAAUCUCAAUUUCCCACCCCCUGUGAACGCCCCGGAAGUGACGACUGAGGACGCGAAAGCGUUUGCCAGAAUGACCGGCAAACCCGGGAAGCCGUACAUGAUUCGUUGCCUCAAUGGACCGACCCCAUUACGCACUUCUGACUCAAUGAAUAGAGGUGCUCUACUGGAAACUACAUUAGCACCGCAAAAGGCAACAAAUGUUAAUUUGGGAUUGCGGACUUCAACUAACAGUGACUACCCGAGAGCGGUGGGAAGGGGUCGGGGAAGAGGCAGAGGCAGGGGGAGCAACUUCACUUCAUAUGAAAUGAAUGGUGUCAACAUAGCUACUCAAAGCUAUCCUUCGGUCGGAAGAAGCCAGGCUCCUGCUCCUUCCGGAUUUGCCUUGGGAAUGGGAGGGACCAGAGUCGGCAGGAGCUCGUCUGGCUCGUCUUCAUCUGAGAACAAAUGCAGGGUUUCUGAAGACGAGGAUGGUUCGGACAGUGAUGAUGAUAUUUACAGUGAAUUGGCCUUUAAGCUCAUUAUUGGAAGAGGUAAAACUAUCGGAAAAUGAAAUGGUAAUUGCAAAUGAUGGAAAAAGAGAACCGAUGAACAGGCACAAUUGUAUCUAUUCCAAAUUCGCAGCCGUUCAAAGUGGUUUAGAAACUGCCUCAGAAGUAAUUAUUGCAGCAAUCAAAUAAUUUUUCAACAAUCGGAAUCAAGCAGCCCCAAACGUGUUUAUUCCACUGUUCAUUUCGACGAAAAAUGGCUGCUAGACAACCACGAACCAUUCGUUUCGAAUUCAUCUUAGUUCAAUUAUUUGUUCAAAUUGAUCUUAAGCCUUCAAUAUUUUACUUAAUGUUUUUAUUUGUUCGUGCAACUGUGUGCUUUUUUCUUGGCUAAAAGUAAUUCUAAGCUCAAAUAAGCAGUGAUUUUUGUAUGAUAUUAUUAGAAGAAGAUGAAAAUAAGGCGAGCACUGAGCAAAUUUUAGAUAAAAGAUUGGAAAAAAAAUUUUUAGUUACAUUUGGCCUGCAUUUCAGUAACCUGUUAUUUGAAUUGGUUAUUGAUACGCUGCCGAGGGAAUAGGUGCAAGCGAUGUUUUUACAUGGUCUGUCUUGAGGUAAUGGUCGCAGAUUAUGUCAUAUCUGGUAAAUUCAUCAUGAUAUCCAAUUGAAUCUUAUUUGAAAAUGGACUGGGGUUUUCUAACAGUUCAGUUUGAAAUUUACCUAUUUCGCCAGGGAAA